AUGGAGCACACCCUUUCACCUUUACAACAAGAAGUAUUGGAUAAAUACAAGAGACUCUCUUUAGAUCUAAGAGCACUGGACGAAACAAUAAAACAACUAAACCAUUCACAACAUCACCAACAGCAUAUAGAGCAAGAAACUGUAUCGCCCGAUGAAAUACUACAAGAAAUGAGGGACAUAGAAGUCAAAAUUGGCUUAGUCGGAACGCUACUGAAAGGUAGCGUGUACUCGCUUAUUUUACAAAGAAAGCAAGAACAGAAGUUUUUGAGCAACAAUUUCGAUCAAUGA